CGAGCUAUGGGUAGUUUUUGCAAAAAAAAUCAUCAUAAACACAUUUAACCUUGAAAGCCCUAAUUAGACCCCUGCAAAGGAAAACCAGAGUGAAAUAUGAAAUCUAUCAUAUUCAUAUAGAAGAUACAUUCAUUCAUAUGAGUAAUCCUAAUCUUGAUCGUUGCGGUAAAGCGUUGUUGCUUCUUCUGGCAGCGGCCGUUCUUUUCUCCACUCACACCGUAUAUUGUGAUGCCGGCGGCGGUGAAGAAGGAACGACGGAGGUGCAAUGGCAGAUCCUCACGAAAUUAAACUACUCCUCUCAGAUCCUCCUCCAUCCUCGCCUCCUUCUCUUCGUCACUCAACCAUGGUCUGGUGAGUCGAGGUCCAUUAUGAAGGAAUUAGGUCAUGUCGUUGGAAAUGAUGAAGCGAGAUUUGGCACCUUGAAGCUUAUGGUGUUAUACAGAAAUGCAGAGAGGAUGUUGGCAGAUGCACUUGGUGCUAAUGAUGGAAUAACCAUUUUUUAUUACCAUAAUUCCCUAUCUUAUAAAUAUCGAGGACGACUUCGAGUGCAAAACAUAUUAUCCUCCGUGGACUAUGUUUCGUCUCUUUCAUCUGAUGAACUACCUCUUAAAUCUUUAAAUACCCAAGAAGAAUUGAGAGAUUUCGUUUAUUCAACUGACAAGGCCGUACUUCUCAUGGAAUUUUGUGGAUGGAUUCCAAGGUUGAUGGCAAUGGACAAUUCUACAACUCAAAGUAUUUUGGGACAAGGUUAUCUUGGAGCAGACAUCAACAGAGAGAGCAAUGGAACUGUUGCAGCAAACGAUAAGGAGAAUAAGAAGGGUGUGGAAGAUGACAAGUUCAGCUGUGGUAGUGACAAUGGAUUUAGUGGAAUACCUUGGUCGUCUCAGUUUACUCAUGUAAAUAAUAGUCUUGUGAAGGAUACAGAAAAUCUGACAUUUAGUGCUGGAGAAUCCUGUACUUUGUACGAGUUUCAACAAUUUGAAGCAUUCUUACCGAAGUUAAUUAGAGUUGCUAGAGAGUUCUUCUUACCUCCUGAAGGGCGUAGAUUUGCUGUGGUUCGUGACAGAUCACUUCUUCCAUUGCUAAAUAUUGAAGAGGCAGGUUCAUGGUUUAUGACUGUUCAUUUUGCCGGAUGUCCAAGUUGUUCUCAGAUUCUUAAAGAAGUUGAUGAUCUCAAAACUGUCCUGCAAGCCCAGGCCUCACCCGUUUUAGAGCUGGAAAAUCAUUCACAGGGAUUUGAGGCUGCUUUACCUGCAAAAAAAUCUACAAUGCUUCUUUUUGUUGAUAGGUCAUCUAACUCAAAGCAAAUAAGAAAAGAGAGUCAGGAAGCUCUCAGAACAUUUAGAGAGUUUGCAAAACAGACUGAGAUGUCAAAUCAGAUGCAUGGGCAAGCCAUGAUCAGGCCUGACAACUCAAUUGAAUCCAACCAAGCAUCAUUGGAACGUCCUAAAAUCCAGCCUUUUCCAGCAUCACAGAAAUUUAUUCUCAAGGAUAAGAUGUCUAUAAUGAUAGUGAAAGAUGGCCAACAAGUUACUGUAGAAAAUAUGGUCUCAGAUUUGCAAGGUAAGUCUGUGCAUGAGAUCUUAACUUAUGCAAUGGAGGGGAAAAAGGAGCUGAAAUUAAGUUCAUUGGCUAAGGAUGCAGGAUUUCAACUUAUAUCAAAAGAUUUCGACAUCGACGUUGAAUCGUUGACAUUAAAUAGUGUGGAUCGAUCUAAUCAAGUUUUAGGAGAAACACAUGUGGAAGACAGUCAUGCAACUGCUCCAACAGAUAAGAAGCAAACGCCAGCUGUUAUUUCCAAUAGAUUGCAUGAGGAGUUACCCGAUCCUUCUGAUGAUGAAUUUAUGCUUGGACACAGAGAAGAUUCUUCAGAUAUAAGUGGCCUGUCAUAUGUAGAAUCUGAGAGUGUUCAUCAUAGUACACAUAUAGCAACUGAUAGUGGUCAAGGUUGGAACAUUGGGGAGACAAGACACCUAGAAAUAGAGGAAAACGACCAACAUAAACAUUUUACAGGCUCUUUUUUCUUUUUAGAUGGUCAGUACAGAUUACUUGAAACUCUAACUGGAGGAUCGAAGAUUCCAGCAGUUGUCAUAAUUGACCCAAUUGCUCAGAAGCACUAUGUCCUAGCUGAGCGGUCAGUUUUAAACUAUUCUUCGCUAUCUGUUUUUGUUAAAGAAUUCCUUGCUGGCAAGCUUCUUCCAUAUAUACAAUCAGCUGCUGCAGUUCCUAGCUCGAGAAACGCUCAAAGACCACCAUUUGUUAAUCUGGAUUUUCAUGAGACUGAUUCUAUUCCUCUUGUUACAUCCCUUACUUUUGCGGAGCUGGUUCUCGGAAAUAAUUCUGAUCCCAGGAAUUCAGGCCAUUCUUGGGAUAGAAAUGUAUUGGUUCUUUUCAGCAAUAAUUGGUGUGGAUUUUGCCAGAGGAUGGAACUUGUUGUCCGCGAAGUGUACCGAGCAGUUAAGGCCUAUGCCAAUAUGAAGAUAAAUAGUUCAAGGAAGGAGAUAUUGACUCCGGCGGAUGAGCAUGUUGCAGAUGUUGUAUUGAAGCUCCCCCUUAUUUAUAUGAUGGAUUGCACACAAAAUGACUGCAGCUCGAUCAUAAAACCAAUACUGCAGAGGGAAGUUUAUCCACUUCUGCUGCUAUUCCCAGCAGAAAGGAAGAACAACACUGUUCCUUAUGAAGGAGAUGUUGCAGUAUCUGAUAUCAUCAAAUUCCUGGCUGCUCACGGGAGCCAUAUUCUACAACAUAUCAUGUAUAAAAAUUUUGUACGGGACGAAAAUUCAGUCUCCGAGAGUAAGAGCUUUCACCAUGACGUUGUAUUCCAAGACAGUCUGCAAAACGUGGCAGUUAAAUACCCGAUGAACAAUGCUCAGCUCUCUGUCGGUUCAGAAGAAAGGCCUCAAUUGUCUGUUGGUUGUGUUCUAAGUGCAACAGAACAGCUUAUAGAUGUUCACCCGUUUGAUGAAUCCAAAAUUGUAAUAGUGAAAGUGGAUCAAAGCACUGGAUUUCAAGGUCUCAUAUUUAAUAAACACAUCAGUUGGGAUUCUGUUGAAGAAGGAUUUGAGUUAUUAAAGGAAGCACCUCUCUCUUUUGGUGGUCCAGUCAUGAUGCGAGGAAUGCCGCUCGUUGCUUUAACACACAAAUCUAUGGAAGGGGGGCAAUACAUGAAAGAAAUCCUACCAAACAUUUACUUUAUCGAUCAAGUUGCCGCACAGAGACUAAUCGAAGAAAUUAGAGUCGGAAAUGAGUCAGCUAAUGAUUACUGGUUCUUUUUUGGAUAUUCGAGCUGGGGUUGGGAGCAACUGCUUCAUGAGAUUGCUCAAGGAGCUUGGAGUGUAAGCAAAGGCGAUGCGGGACAACUAGACUGGCCAUUGAGCUGAUUUUUCUACACACAAGAGUUUCUUAGACUAUGCCAAAAAAGGACGGCAUCAACAAAGAAUAGCUGCUUUUUGUUUAUCAACUAUUUGGCUGUGUAUUUUAAAUUUGUGCACUGUCAAACUUUUCUUUUACCCAACGCUAGUACUUUUACAUGUGCGCUGCACGGUGGAAUUUUUCAAACGUAAAUGAAAAAAUUAGUUCAAAAA